AGUUACCGGCUUCUUUUAAUAGAUAGCUAUAUUUCUUACCUUUUUCUGGAAUUUAUUACUAAAUAUAAAGAGGCCAGGAUUAUCCUAUUCUAUUUGCCACCCUAUACUACUUAUAAUAUCCAACCGCUAGAUUAUUAUCUUUUUUCUAUCUUAAAGAAACAAUAU